GCACCUAAUCCGCCCGGCUGACCGGUCUGGGCUGUGCUGGUGCCCAUCCCCGCGGGCAGGCCCAGGACGAGCGCAGUGGCCAGUGGCGGUGCGGGACUGGAUCAUGCGGGGGACGCGGUUGGCGCUGCUGGCGCUGGUGCUGGCGUCCUGCGGUCGGCUCGCCGUGGCCCUGCAAUGCUUCACCUGCCAGGAGCCCUCGGGGGUGUUCAGCUGCGUCCUCAUCGCCACCUGCAAGGCCAACGAAACCAUGUGCAAGACCACACUCUACUCCCGGGAGAUCGUGUACCCCUUCCUGGGGGACGUCACGGUGACCAAGUCCUGCGCCAGCAAGUGUGUGCCCUCGGACGUGGACGGCAUCGGCCUGACACGGCCUGUGUCCUGCUGUAACACUGACCUGUGCAAUGUGGACGUGGGCGCGGCGGGCGGGGCGCCCUCCCCCCGCGGCCCCUGUGGCCUGGCCCUGGCCCUCACGCUGGCCUCCCUCCUGAGCCUCCCCCUCUAGUCCCCCCGCCCCCCGCCCGGCCGGAAUGCCCUUGAAGAAGCUCGCCCACCUGCACCAGGCCUCCCGGUCU